GGGGUCGCCAUGGCGACGGCGAGCGCGGCCUGACAGGUGCGGGCCGGGGCGGCGGCGGCGCGGGGGACAGCAUGUACGCCAAGGGGGGCAAGGGCUCGGCCGUCCCCUCCGACAGCCAGGCCCGCGAGAAGCUGGCCUUGUACGUUUAUGAGUACUUGUUGCACAUUGGCGCGCAGAAGUCGGCACAGACAUUCCUGUCCGAGAUCCGAUGGGAGAAGAACAUUACGCUGGGAGAGCCCCCCGGGUUCCUGCACUCCUGGUGGUGCGUGUUCUGGGAUCUGUACUGUGCUGCGCCGGACCGCAGGGAGGCCUGCGAACACUCCACUGAGGCCAAGGCCUUCCAGGACUACAGUGCGGGCGCGGCCCCCAGCCCCGUGAUGGGGGGCAUGGCCCCCAGCGACGCAGUGGCUGCGGGUCCCAUGGCACCUGGCUUCUUCCAGCCCUUCAUAUCACCGCGGUUCCCGGGGAGCCCCCGGCCCUCCCUGCGGAUGCCGAGUCAGCCUCCUGUGGGCCUCCCUGGCUCCCAGCCCCUCCUGGCCGGCGCCAUGGACCCCUCGGUGCGUGGGCAGGGUCAUCCGAGCAUGGGUGGCACCAUGCAAAGAGUGACGCCUCCCCGGGGCAUGGCCAGCAUGGGGCCUCAGGGAUACGGAGGGGGCAUCCGGCCGCCCCCCAACUCCCUCGCCGGCCCAGGCCUGCAAGCCGUGAAUAUGGUCCCCGCAGUGCGUGGCCCAUGGGCCAGUCCCAGCGGGAACUCCGUGCCCUACUCCUCGUCCUCCCCAGGCAGCUACGUGGGACCCCCAGGAGGAGGUGGGCCCCCCGGAACGCCCAUCAUUCCCAGUCCUGGAGACUCAACUACUUGCAGCGAGAACAUGUACACCAUUAUGAGCCCCAUGGGGCCGGGCGCAGGCAGGUCUAACUUCCCCCUUGGUCCUGGCUCCGAGGGGCCCAUGGCGGCCAUGAGCGCGCUGGAACCUCACCACGUGAACGGAUCCCUGGGCUCGGGUGACACGGACGGGUUGCCGAAGAGCUCCCCCGGCGCCGUGGCCGGCCUGAGCAACGCCCCCGGCACCCCGCGGGACGACGGCGAGAUGGCAGCCGCAGGGACCUUCCUGCACCCCUUCCCGAGCCAAAGCGUAAGCGACUGCGUCGACUCUCCCCCCGCGGCGGCGGCGUCGGGCCGGAGGGGCCUGGCGGGCAGGCCCCGGCGGGGCGGCCGGGGGGCCAGAGCAAGACCAUGACCGCGGCGGGCCAGUACUCGCCCGAGAUGGCCAUGAGUGUGUGAUGGCGCAGCCCCCUCGCCCGCUGCACGGGGGUCUGGGGUCUGAGGCCACGCCCCAGGCCGGCAGGGGCAGAGGGAGGGAGGCUCCGCGAGAAGGACUUUUAUCUCAUUUUAUACAAAACCCCGAGGACCUGUCUCGCCCUUCCUGCUGUUUGUACUUGCCUGAGGCGGGGGCACUGUGCCCCUCAAAUAAACGUGACCGGGUUUGGCUCUUUUGUA